UGGAGGCGGCGGUCUUGUUUCUCCUGCGGCUUCAGCCCAAGGAACUGUUCCGUGGUUGAGUUGACGCGGGUGGCAGCCCCACCUGGAGCCCUCGCGUCUCCCAUCGGAGGGUUUCUCUCGGACAGAUCUGAAGCUCUCCCAACCAUGUUUUUUCUUGGACUCCUGUUGCUUCUUGUUUUGCACAGCGAAGCCUUCAGCACCAGUUUUCCUGAUGAAAGCAUUGCAGAAUUUUCAGUGAAUGUUUACAAUCAACUGAGAGCUACAGGAGAAGAUGAAAAUAUUAUUUUCUCCCCACUGGGAAUAGCAGUAGCGAUGGGGAUGGUGGAGGUUGGUGCUCAUGGUUCCACCCUGAAAGAAAUUCAGCACUCCAUGGGCUACGAAGGUUUGAAAAAUGGUGAAGAAUUUGCCUUCCUAAAAGACCUUUCUGACAUGGCUACCACCGAGGACAGCCAGUAUGUGAUGAAGCUUGCCAAUUCUCUUUAUGUGCAAAGUGGAUAUCACAUUAGCAAUAAAUUUUUGCAGCUGCUGAAAAAAUAUUUCAAAGCUGAAGUUGAAGUUGUGGAUUUCAGUCAAAAUGUAGCUGUUGCCAGCUACAUCAACAAAUGGGUGGAGAAUCAUACUAACAAUAUGAUCAAGGAUUUUGUAUCAGCAAGGGAUUUCAGUGCUCUCACUCAUUUGGCUAUUGUCAAUGCAAUCUACUUCAAGGGAAAUUGGAAGUCUCAGUUCAGACCAGAGAACACAAGAACCUUUUCCUUCACUAAGGAUGAUGAAAGUGAAGUACAAAUUCCCAUGAUGUAUCAGCAAGGAGAAUUUUACUAUGGGGAAUUCAGUGAUGGAUCCAAUGAAGCAGGAGGCAUCUAUCAAGUCCUGGAAAUACCCUAUGAGGGAGAUGAAUUCAGCAUGAUGAUAGUUCUCUCCAGGCAGGAAGUGCCACUAGCCACACUGGAGCCUUUGGUGAAAGCCCAGCUGAUCGAGGAAUGGGCAACCUCUGUGAAGAAACAAAAGGUUGAGGUGUAUCUUCCAAGGUUCACAAUAGAACAGGAAAUUGAUCUGAAGGAUGCUUUGAAAGGGGUUGGAAUUACAGAAGUAUUCAGCCAAAGUGCUGAUCUCACUGCAAUGUCUGGUAAGCGGCUUUUUGUGAUUUAG